GGGGGGUGUACUGGCAUCUCCAAAAGUAAGGAUGAUUCUGGACCGCCCAUUAGGGGCUUCGUGCCGAGGGUAUCUACACGAUUGUCCACAAAGGGCAAUACCCCCCCCCCCCUCCCCAUCUUUCAGUUUUAAAAUUGCGAAUCACUAUAUAAUAUAGGCGUGGAAAGGAAUCAUUUCAACUUUUCUUGCUAACAGAAAUUACCAAUAAAUCCAUGUAAACGCAUGGGAGAUCCUGCUACCACUUACAUCGGAUUAACUAAUCUUGUAAGUAAUUGUGCACUAAGCUCCCAAUGUAAUGUUACGCACACAAUUAUAAUAUAAAUGCCUUGAGCACACUCCCCAACUCUUACGGCAGCUAUCAGAGCCUGGCACUUCUGAAAAAAUAUAUCAAAGCCGCCCACCUUUUAGUGAUAUCGAUAUAUUUUAUCACCAAUUUAUCAAUACCAAUACUGUCCACGGAUUUCAGUCCCCGUGAGGUUUAUUGGACCUAGAACCAUUUUUGUCGACCCUGAAGGGGAAUUUGUCUGUGAAAAUUCCCCAGCUACCCUUUGAGUAGUACAACGCUGUAACCUUGUGUCAGCCACGGUGAAGAGAGGAAUAAUAUGCUAUUUUAAUAGAUGUUCCGUCUGUUGUCGAAUCACAACUCCCCACUCGUCAGAGUCAAAGGCACUCUUUGCCACACCCGGUGCACUCCUAGAGCUCAGUGAGAGCAGCAAAAAUUCCUUUAAUCAGUAUCAAAACAAGACGUAAAAAUAUCGCAGUUUUGCAGUUCUCAAAAACAGUAUUAAUUUUUAUGUGGCACGAAUACGCCUCACUCACUUUGCCCAAUGACUCAUCUGGAAACAGUUUUUAGCCGCUUAAUUUUAUUAAAAAUAGUAUGGUAUCAUUUUUUGCCAAAGGGAAUGUAACUGUCGGGUGGUAUUGCCAUUUAAGUGGUAUCGAUAUCUUUAAAAGGGCGUGUUCUGAAGGCUCAAGGCUUUUUUUCAUAUUUUUUGGUGUAAAGUGUACGACUUUGAUCCCUUUCGUUCUUCCACCCCUGCCCCAAUUUCUCUUCUUUUUUUUUUAAAAACUGAUUGUUUGUUUCUUUUUCACGUUUCAGAAAGGGUAAAAUUGUCUGAUACUUCCUUACAUGUUUUGGAAACCUUUUAAAAUACACAGAACGGAACUGUGAACUUUUCAUAUAAAGGGAUAGGAUAUCGUGCUGACAACCGUUUUACCUACCACUGUGUUUAUUCGGGUUGGAAAUUGUAAAAGUUCCGUGUAUACGACGUGAAAUAAAGCCAUACACAGCGCAUCCUAUUAUUCCUGCUGAGUCAAGCGACGUGCUCUGUUUAGGUAAAAGCCAUAAUAUUCUCAAAGUCUUUGCUGUGAUAUGUCGACUUUCCCCUCUCCUGAAGCUUGCUGGAGAUAAAAAUGGACACCACAAUGGAUAUACACCGCUCGGAGUACUGGCAUCGACGCUGGCGGAGAUUCUAGAAAGAUCGGAGACCCCACCGGGCCGAACCUUUUAGCGUCCUGCUUCCCGUGGCAUCAGCUGUAUUGUUUUUCUUUCUCGGUGGCGUUCUUCUCGUUAUCCCCCUUGGGGCAGCUGUGGCUUCGAGUGAUCGCUGCGUCCUUGGCAGCAUGUAAGACGCUCCUGCGGCGCAGAGGAGCAGAAGAAUGCCAGAGCGGAUACAACUGAACCUCACACUCCAGGGGAUAGCUUUUAUACUGCUGCACCUCCUGUCGCUCGUCAUGGCUGUUGCUUACGUGGACUAUGACAGCUCUGAUGACGACCAGCCUUCCUUCCUACCCCGGCCGUCCAACGUGUCCUUUAACCGUGGGGAAACGGCGGUGCUGGUGUGUGGCAUCGAGAACUUGGGCACAAAGACGGUGAGCUGGAGACGAGCGUCGGAUCCGAACCCUCUGACAAUCGGCGAAGACGUGUACGUGGGUGACGAGCGCUACUCGGCCCAUGGCGUGGAAGAGGCCAAGGAGUGGCGUCUGCUCAUCCGUGACCUCAAGACGGAAGACGCCGGGGUGUACGAGUGUCAGGUCAGCAGCAGGACCAAGCUCAUCAACCACAUCCUGCUCAGGGUCAAUGUGAAGCUAGAACCUGUGAUCCCCAGACACAAUCCAG